UUGAAGCUGGCGGUCGUCCUGCGUUUCGGUUGGUCCGCCUCUCUCCCGACAAAAUUCGGCUGUUCUCGACGCAAAGCGUCCAAGUGGAGGAAAAGGAAAGAAAAGGGGGAAGCUGGCGAAGAAGAAAAAGUAAACCACAAUUAAAAGAAAUUAGCUCUAAACGUCCGCAGAAAGUGAAAGCUGAGCUUGGAAGUCGACGGCGAGGUCUCCGCUGAGCUUGUUUUCCACAGUCUGUGGUGUAAACACGUUAGUGUAGUUCUGACAUUGCGCCGUGAGAGACAGAGCUGAGGGAAAGGUCUCCUCCCAGUCUGUUGACGGAGACAGUUUGGCUUCAGUGGAAGGAGACACGGCUAUACCUGACUGCACAGUACACCGGCCAGUGUUGCAUCGCCCAGGAUGUCUUCAAAGCUUCACCCUUCCAAUAACAUCGCCCAUGCCCGACGGACGGUGAACCAGCUGAGAAUAGAGGCGAGCAUUGAGAGGAUAAAGGUAUCCAAGGCCUCUGCAGACCUUAUGAACUACUGCACCGAACACGCCAGAAAUGACCCUCUCCUUACGGGCAUCCCUGCUUCAGACAACCCCUUCAAGGAAAAAAAACCCUGCACUAUAUUGUAGUGGAUGUCACCUAGCCUUUAUCUGUUUUUUUUUUUUUCUUUUGUGUGUUUGUUUGUUUGUUUUGGCUUAUUAAUGUUCCUGUAUUUCUUUGUGUUGGGAGAAAUUGGAGGAGUGGACUGGGAUCGAAUCAUUACCAUGUGUUCAGAAACCAUGUGUUGUGUGCCUGUUCCAGCAGCCCUGUAUUAUUCACUGAAAAUAUUGACCCAUUCUUCAGUUUGAGCUCUAACCACUAACAAAACGUUGCUUCCAAGUACGUAAUAUCAAAGCAGAUAUCCUUGUCGAAAUGUCCCAACAGCACUUGCAAUCCUCAGUGAUGGAUUUUGGUCUUUCCUGAUAUGUGCACAACGUCAUCUCCGGUGGGCAGCGACUGUUACUCAUCUCCCUGGUUUGCCUUAAAUGGGUUCAUGCAGCCAAAGUGUCCCUCCUGCCCUUUAAAGUGUGUCAUCCAAGGAGAACAGUGAGAGCUUCAGAAAGAGGUGCCACCGGUAUUGUACGGUUUGGAUUACUAAAUUCAGGGGCGGGUUCUGCUCAGAUGUUACCGUGAUGUAUUUUGGAUUGGAGCAGUAACACUUAGUGUUAAAUUCCAGUAACGCAAAGUAUUUUACAACCCAUCCCAGCUGCAGCAGCCCCCAGCUGCUUCUGCGUAAUCUGCAUCCAGCUCAGUUCAGUCUGUUCCUCUCUGGUACUACAGCUGUAAUCUGAUAGUGUAAAAUCUCCUUGCAGUAUAAUUACCUUGUAUAGUGUUUCCUUUAGCUGAUUUAAUGAACCGUCAUGUUGAUAUUCAUUCCAUAUGAACACCUUUGGUCAAAGAUAAUCAGUGCUCAGAUUCAGAUUUACAUGAAGCAACACUGUGUAAUGAAAAGCCGGGACCAAGAAAACCAAUGACACUGCAUAUUAGAAAUAUUUUUAAUGGUGUCUGAAUUUGACUGUUUUAGCCGUCCUUUGUAAAAACUUUCUGCGGUACGUUAUUUUUAGGAUGCUCACGACAAAACGUGCUAGCGAUCUUUACUCAGUGUCAGCCCCGCCUGCUCGCUCAUCACAAGUGUCUUAGUCAAGUGAACGUGCACAUCAUUAUCUUUAAGUGUUUUGGCACCAGGUGGGCGUAAUGUGUGUGCAUUGAUUUAUUUUUACUUUUUAUUUUUUUUAAACCACUCUCUUAAAACUGCUCUAGUUUUCCACUUUUGUGUUUGUGGGGAUGGAGGGUGUCGGUCUGGCAUGUGCUGUAUGUUGUGAUUUGCUGGGAGAAAAAUAUCUGCUAUGGUGAAUUUUACAAUAAGAAAAAAAAAAGACAGAAUAGAUAGUAUUAAUUCAAAUCUUCUUCACUCUAAAGCCUUACUUAUGUUUGCCUUGUAUGAUGAAGAACAUUCUAACUUGGGAGUACUUUCUUUAAAGAUGUUUCUAUCAAUUUUUAUCUGUGGGAUGAAAGUGAUUUGUAACAAUAUUGUGCCAUCGGGUUUUGUCUACAUGUCACGAGCAGAACUUGUUAAAAUUGUGUUUCACUUACCAGGUGCUCCGCUUUUCAGCAGUUUUGGUAUUGUUGUCUUCUCCAAAGGGUACUUUCAGGUCUUCAAAUCAGCAAGAUCUAGUGUUACUAUCAAUGGUAUUGUUAUUUUUUAUGAUUUUUGUCUAAGCUGUCAGUUCUUCUUACUUGCAAUAAACGAGUCCUGUAUGCCUCCUAAGGAAAAAAUUCAGAUGACCACUGCCAUGUCCUAAUUUCUGUCCAUUCACAGUGACUCUGUAACAGCCUUAUUGUACCAUUUAUAGAUUAAUUUAAUUGUCAAAAUCUGCAUUUUGAUAACUGUCUUUAUUAAUAUUCCAACAUUUGUAUGAAGACUUAACUGAAAUUAAUAAAGUGAAGCAUUCCUACAGUCCAAUACUGUACUAAUAUCUCAAUAAAAACGUGCCGUGCUGCAUAGCCUUGCUACUA